CCAGCUCCAAAAAACAUGUCGGCUGAUUCGAAGUCACAAGAGGACUCCUCGUGCGAGAGCGUGCGCGGCCAGAACUUCCUCUCCAGAAAUGAUGUUGUCGUCGUGGAGAAAUGCAUGAGCUCCAUGCAAGCGGGGACCCAAAUGAUCAAACUCCGAGGCAGUUCGAAAGGCCUUGUCCGUUUCUACUAUUUGGACGAACACAAGUCGUGCAUUCGCUGGAGACCCUCGCGGAAGAACGAAAAAGCCAAAAUUUCCAUAGAUUCCAUCCAGGAGGUGUGCGAGGGAAAGCAGUCGGAGAUCUUUCAGCGUUACGCGGACGGCAGCUUUGACCCCAAUUGCUGCUUUAGCAUCUACUAUGGUGACCAUAUGGAAUCUCUUGACCUGGUGUCGUCCAGCGGAGAGGAGGCCCGGACCUGGAUCACAGGGCUCAAGUACCUGAUGGCCGGGAUCAGCGAUGAAGACAGCCUCUCGAAACGGCAGAGGACUCGAGACCAGUGGUUGAAACAAACUUUUGAUGAAGCGGAUAAAAACGGCGACGGGAGCCUGAGCAUUAGCGAGGUGCUCCAACUGAUGCACAAACUGAACGUCAACCUACCCAGGCAAAAAGUCAAGCAGAUGUUCAAGGAGGCAGAUACGGAUGACAACCAAGGGACGCUGGACUUCGAGGAGUUCUGUGCGUUCUAUAAGAUGAUGUCAACCAGGCGGGACCUGUAUCUGCUGAUGCUCACCUACAGCAACCACAAGGACUAUUUAGAUGUGGACGACCUGAGGCGCUUCCUUGACGCAGAGCAAAAGAUGAGCGACGUCACCAAGGACCAUUGCCUGGAGAUUAUCAAUCAGUUUGAACCCUGUCCAGAAAACCGGCAACAAGGCGCUCUCGGGAUUGAUGGAUUCACCAACUACAUGCGCAGUCCUGCUGGGGACAUUUUCAAUCCGGAGCAUUAUCACGUCAACCAGGACAUGACGCAGCCUUUGAGUCACUACUUCAUCACCUCUUCCCAUAACACCUACCUCAUGGGAGACCAGCUGAUGUCCCAAUCCAGAGUUGACAUGUACGCGUGGGUUCUCCAGUCCGGAUGCCGCUGUGUAGAAGUUGAUUGUUGGGACGGUCCGGAUGGGGAACCCAUUGUCCACCACGGCUACACGCUGACCUCCAAGAUACUUUUCAAAGACGUGAUUGAAACCAUCAACAAGUAUGCUUUCAUCCGGAGCGAAUACCCGGUCAUUUUGUCCAUUGAGAAUCACUGCAGCGUCGCCCAGCAGAAAAAGAUGGCCCAGUAUCUCACUGAAGUUUUGGGGGACAAGCUGGACCUGUCUUCCGUGAGGAAUGAAGAUCCCACAAAACUGCCUUCCCCGGAGAACUUGAAAGGGAAAAUCUUGGUCAAGGGAAAGAAACUUCCAGCCAACAUUAGUGAGGACGUGGAAGAAGGAGAAGUCUCCGAUGAGGACAGCGCAGAUGAGAUGGACGAUGACUGUAAACUGAUGAAUGGAGAUGCUUCCACCAAUCGAAAGCGAGUGGAGAACAUUGCAAAAAAGAAGUUGGAUUCUCUGAUUAAGGAAUCCAAAAUCCGUGAUUGUGAAGAUCCGAAUAAUUUUACAGUUUCCACCUUACCACCAUCUGGGAAACUUGGUAACAAGCAUGAUCUCAAAAAGGUUCAAUCUACUUUUAUUGCUUCCUCUAGUCCUUGA